CGGAACGUGGACAUCGCGCUUAACGCCGGUCAGCGCGUCGCCGUCGUCGGGCCCAACGGCUCGGGCAAGUCCACGCUCCUACAGGUCCUCGCGGGGAAGGACGCCGGGCGCGAGGAUGGCGAGCUGUGGGUGCGCAAGGGGAUCAACACCGCGUUCCUCGAGCAGGAGCCCCCGUUCGACGAAGAGCUCAACGUGUUGGAGGCGGUGUACACCCGCGACACCCCGCUGUUCCGCUUGCUCCGCCGGUACGACGGCAUGAUGGCGAAGGUGGCCGCGGGAGAGGAGGUAUCGGAGAACGCCAUGGCCAACAUCCUGGAGGAGAUGGACUCGAACAACGCGUGGGACACUGAGAACAAGGCGCACAUGGCGCUGGAGAUGCUCGGAUGCGAGGAGUUCAUGAACCGCAAGAUGGGGGAGCUCUCGGGGGGACAGCGCAAGCGCGUGGCGCUCGCGGCGGCGCUCAUCGAGGAGCCCGAUCUCCUGGUCCUGGACGAGCCCACGAACCAUUUAUCUGUGGAGGGAGUCGAGUGGCUGGAGAACCGCGUCAACGAGAUGACCAACACCGCGGUGCUACUCGUCUCGCACGACCGAGCGUUCAUCGAUAACGUCUGCCCGGACAUACUCGAGCUCGACGGCGUCGGUGGGUCGCACAGGCACCGGGGAGGGUACGCGGCGUAUCUCGAGGGCCGGGCAGCGCGGUGGGCGGCGGAGGAGCAGGCGCGAGCGGCGGCGAGGAACACGCUGCGCAAGGAACAGGAGUGGAUGCGCCGGCAGCCCAAGGCGAGGGCGACCAAGGAGAAGGCGCGCAUCGAGCGGUUCUACAACCUCACCGAGCGCGCCGCGGACAAGGGAUCCAAGACCAAGAUGGUCGAUCUGGUGGAGUCCAGGCAGCUUCGCAUGGGCGACAUCAUCGUCGAGUUUGACAUGGCGACCCUCGCGUUUGGCGACAAGAAGAUCCUCGACGACUUCACGUACUCGUUCGUCAAGGGCGACAAGAUCGGGCUCGUCGGCCCCAACGGCGCGGGUAAGACGACGUUUCUGAGAACGAUCAUGGGUGAGAUCGCGCUGGACAGCGGGUGGUGCAACAUCGGCGAGACGAUUGAGUUUGGGUACUACUCGCAGAUGCCCGAGUUUCGCGACCCGACGCAAACCGUCGUGGACUUUGUGAAGGAGGUUGAGUCAGACGCCAAGGGGUACGUGGGUUCGUACGGCGGCGAGGGGGGUAAGAUGAGCGCGUACAAGCUGCUGGAGAGGUUUAACUUCGGCGGCCCGAAGCAGAUGACGCGGAUCGGGGACCUCAGUGGGGGAGAACAGCGCAGGCUCCAGCUCCUCUCCGUGCUGGCAAAGUGCCCCAACUUUCUCAUCCUCGACGAGCCCACGAACGACCUGGACCUGGACACGAUCGAGGCCCUGGAGGAGAUGCUCGAGGACUUCGACGGGUGCGUCAUCGUCGUGAGCCACGACAGGCAGUUCGUCAACAACCUCGUGGACCACAUCUUCGUCUUCGAGGGAGACGGGAUCAUCAACGACUGGUCCGGCGAUUACACCGCCUUGCGGGAAUUCCUCAGACGGCUGGAGGAGGAACGCGAGUCC